AUGUGGCUGAGCGCGGGCCUGGCAGCAUUUCUUGCAGCCAUGCAGCCCUCUUCAUCGUCCGCACGUAGCGUGCAUGUUAAUCUGACGGCCAGUUGGCCCAGCUCUCCGUCCUUCCCACUCAUAGAAACCAGUGAAUUCUUGGCGGAGGAAAAUCCGCUGUACUUUUGGCAAUAUUUGGAAGAAUUGGGAAACCGCACGCAUUAUGUGGAAUUUAUGGGCAGUGAUGUGGACGCCUUAGGCGAUCUUGCAUUGACUGUGGCCGAAAUCAUCGCGCCCGGACUUCAAAAUGUUUUGGAGUUGAUGCUGGCGACACGUACGUACUCGGUCAAGGUGGAGAUGUUUCGGCAAUUAGGCCUAGAUUCUGGCAUCCGUCCGUGUGGCGAGCAUGCUGAUACUUGGGCGGUAUUUUACCAUGAGCCCCAUUGUGUAAAAGCGGUAGCUUGCUCUGUGGACGAGUUGGACGCUGUCAUACAUGGCAAGAAGCAGCCCAUGAGUGAUCAGUGUGUUGCUGCUGGAAUUAAUGAUGUCGAGUUGCAGGUGGAUCACAAGUACCCGUACGUUGCUAUUAAUCCUGAGAAAACAUCCAUGACGGCAAUUCUCUAUGGUCUUGUGGGCACAUCAAAGUUCCAUGUUUUUCACUCAAGACUUGUUAUUGAAGCAAAAGAAAAUAAGUUCCAGUAUAUAGUACGUCAUUAUCCCCACGACUCGCACUUGAAGACGCUGCUGCAAGGAUAUGGCGUGGCUUUGGAUAUUAAAAAUAUGGAGUAUAAGACAAUCGAUGACUCUAAAACGUCUAACAAUGGUGAUUUUGUUGCUGGUGAUGUGAACGAUGAAGACGACGACGAUGAAGAAAUUGACGAUGAAGAGAUCGAUGGAUUUCUGUUCAAGCCUUUGAUAGCUCGUCAUAGUGCAAUUUCGAAAGCUUUGAAGCAGUUUUAUGACAAGUUGGUCAACAAGUUUCAUGAUGAACAGGAUCAGGAGCUUAAGGCAUGGCAUUUGAAAAAUUUAGGAACAAGUGCAGUCCGUGCGAUUAUGGAUGCUAAGAAUCCACUCAAAAGGCUUGAGAGUCUUUCGCAAGACUUUCCGGUCCAAGCAAAAAAGCUGGCCUUUUCGCGCAAGACAAUCUCUGCUGAACUUCGCGAAGAAAUUGCAGCUACGCGGGUGCAAUCGAUGACGAGAAGACUGAUGAACAAAUUUAUAGUAAAUGGUAUUGCUAUUGACCCGACGGAACGCUCGUUUAAUGUGUUUGAUUUCAUGAAGACGCUUAAGAAAGAAUGGUCUGUGGCUAAGCAGCUUGACGGAUUGCCUUUAAAUCAGACGGAACUUGAAGGUAUGCUGACGCAUGCGCGCGAAACAAACCUAGAGAAGUCGGUGAAGCGUAUUCACGUGCGCGGGCCUUUGAGUGGAUCGACGCCUCUUUACCUUAAUAAUAUUGAGACGGAUUCCAUCUCUUCGAACUGGCCGUCCGAUAUUAAUAUGCUUCGACGUCCAUCGUGGAGUCUUAUUUUUGUUCGUAAAAACAUGUACGAAUGCGUCCUUGUGAUGGACCCACUGACAGGUGCUGGCCGUGCUGCACUGUCUCAUAUUAGCCUUAUGCGGUUGCGUGGCGCCCCUGUUCAGUGGGCACUCCUUGUUUCGUCAAAAGAGCUUAUGAGUCAAACAUCUGACGAGCGCCAAGCAUCAGUGGAGCAGUAUAAGACUUAUAAGGGAACAGACAAGGCUACUGCGUGGCAUUUUGCAAAGUUAUUAAUGUUAGCUCAGUCAAAGGAUCGAGCUGAGACUGAAAGCAAUGAUGUGCAAAUCAAAAAUGUCAUAAGUGAUGAAGACGAAAGGACAGAAACAGAAGAGGACCAGAUUGUUUCCACUCAAGUUGCAUCGGGCUUCAUUAGCCGGGUCGGUGAAGACGCAAGCCCUAACGUUUUAGUUGAACGCUUGGUUGAAGUGUACGCUGAAGCAGCUGGAGUGCUUGGAACGGUUGAAGACGGCGAAGAAGAAGCAUUAGCGUGUCUACAAAGCAACCAAUUUGAUGACGAAGUGCUGGAAAUGACAGAGUAUAUUCACUUAAAACAUUUGCCACUAGAUUCUUUCGUCUUCAAUGGUGUCAUUCAUAAGGACUUAGAUAUUCAGAAGUCGAUGAUGGCCAACUUUGGUCGUGAUCAACCACUGUACGUGAACAUGGCCCAUCAAGGCAAGCUUGAUGGUGAAAUGGAUCUUAUCGAGGAACUCUUGAGCGCGCAGGAUGCCUAUCCUGCGUACUUGUCGAUUUUUGAAACUUCGGAAGACGAACCGGGUGAUAUUGGUGCUGAAUCACCCCACCAUCUUUUUGCUGAUGAUGUCGACGGUCGCUUGGAGACUUUAGCGCGAAGCUCUUUAACGUAUCUGCAUGCACCUAGCUCUCGAGCUGUGCCAAAGAAACAAACUGUGAUCUUUCCAGUGGACCUCAAUGACCCACAAAAUGCUGAUUAUGCUUACAGAGUUGUAAAGGCUGUCCUUGAAGACUCGAAUAGGUCGCUACGCGUUGGGCUUGUUGCUCAGUUAAAUGGUAAUGCGAAGAGCGAAGGGGCAAAUGAACUCGUUGCAGGCAUCAUUGCCAUCAUGGGCGAUACGGACAAGGAAGCUUGUUUAAGGUUUGUAUUGGAGGCUUUGAACUGCAUUGUUAAACAAAAGUCUAUCGACACGAUGAGAGGAAAGCUUAAACUUUUAUGGGCGAAGACACCAAGGGAAGAGAAUGAGAAGGACCCGGUGUUUGGAAAAGUGGCAGCUCUUCUGAGCAGGAAGCAAGGUGAUUGGUUGACAACCAAGCGACGUCGCAGGCUUACAGAGUUCAGCACGCUAUUGCGUUCGCGAUUUCCACCUACAUACGAAGGAGAUGGUUCAUCAAAAAUUGCUUUACCUCAUCUGUUUCUAAAUGGAAAACAAGUGAAUCUUCCGCCUCAGUUGCUGUCUGACGAGGAUGUCGCGACUAUACUGAAUUUUGAUCUAAAAUAUCGCACUCAACCAGUGGCAAAGGCGCUUAUUGAGCGCAGUGCUAUGCUGAAGAUUAAAGAAGCUGACCGUUUGAGCUUUAGUAUCAUGAGAACCACUGGUAUUGUUGACAAGUACGUCAAAACUGAUCGAACAUCCCGUAUAAAUCUACCCGAAGAUUCCCUCAACACGAUUCGCCUGUCGGGCGACCGGUCGCUUCAGGUUGCUGCUUACGUUGAUCCAUUGUCGGAGGCUGCACAAAUCAUGAGUUCUAUGCUUCGCAUGCUUCACUCACAGCUAAACGCAACUAUCGAGUUGGUGUUGAUUCCGGCUGACGAGUACACAAAAUUUCCACUGCAACGAUUUUAUCGAUACCUCUUUGAUAAAAAGCCAACUCUGUCUGCAACAAGUGUUGAGUUCCGCAAGUUGCCUGUGCACCCAAUCUUGACGAUGAAAAUUGACACUCCUGAGGCCUGGAAUGUACAAACCUUUCAAGCGGGCGAUGAUCUGGACAAUUUACGCGUGGAUCCGGAUACUUCCACAGCAGUGAGGUCAACGACACGUGCUGUGUUUCAACUGGAAAGCUUGCUUGUUUAUGGCCAGUGUCGUGAUACGACUUUUAACAUGUAUGCACCUCCAAAUGGCCUCCAGUUGGUGCUUGAGCGGGAAGUUGGUGCUCAACUUCUGCACCGUGACACACUUGUAAUGCAAAAUUUGGGCUACUUUCAGCUUCAGGCCACGCCUGGAGUGUGGUCUUUACAUUUGGCGAGGGGUAGAGCCGCCGAAAUUUUCGAUAUCAUUGAUCCGUAUACAAACCUUCCGCUAGAAACCCAUCCCAUCAUAGUUCACGACUUUGGUUCACACAUUUCUCAAUUGUUUGUUCGUAAGAAAACUGGAAUGGAAAACGAAGAACUGCUCCAGCCAGUUGAAAAAGCGCUUUCAGAGGAUCGAUCUUCGGCAGAGUCAGAUGCGGAACCAUCCGAUAAAAACGAUGGCGCUCUCCGUUCGUAUUGGGAUUCGCUUCUCAACGUCAUGGGCAAACACGAUGAGACAUUGAAAAAGGUGGUGCACGAUCCACUUAACUCUUUUUCUGGGAAAAGUCAUCUUGUGCAGACAAAACAACGUACAGGCGAAACCAUCCAUGUCUUUUCGGUGGCGUCUGGCUACCUUUAUGAACGGUUUGUCAAAAUUAUGAUGUCGAGUGUACUUAAGCGAACCAACAAUCCAGUAACGUUUUGGCUGUUGGAAAAUUUCUUGUCACCUGAUUUUAAAAAAUCAAUUCCUGCACUGCGCGAACAGCUUGGCAUGGACAUUCGCCUCAUCACGUACAAAUGGCCCAACUGGCUGCGUCCACAAACUGAAAAACAGCGCAUAAUCUGGGGCUAUAAAAUUCUCUUUCUGGACGUGUUGUUCCCAUUGGGUGUGCAAAAAGUUAUUUACGUUGAUGCGGAUCAAGUCGUGCGUGCAGACUUAAAAGAACUGUGGGAACUCGACCUGGAAGGAAAGCCGUAUGGCUACACGCCAUUUUGUGACUCUCGUAACGUUGGCUUUCAGUUCUGGCGACAAGGUUACUGGAAGGACCAUUUGCGUGGGAAGCCGUACCAUAUUAGUGCUCUAUACGUGGUUGACCUGGCACUUUUCCGACAAAUGGCGGCUGGUGACAUGCUGCGUGCAAUCUACAGCCAGCUGAGUGCCGACCCCAACUCACUGGCAAAUCUCGACCAGGAUCUUCCUAACUAUGUGCAGGACCAGAUCCCUAUCUUCUCUUUGCCACAAGAGUGGCUAUGGUGCGAAUCAUGGUGCAGCGACGAUACCAAGGCUACGGCCAAGACAAUUGAUCUGUGCAAUAAUCCCAAGCACAAAGAACCCAAACUCGAAAUGGCCAAGCGAAUUAUUGCUGGAGAGUUAUUCGAUGAGUCAUGGACCGAGCUGGAUCAAGAGAUUAAGGACGCUGAGGCGAACUACAUUGCGCAGGAUGCAGCGUAG